UUUACAACAAAGCGCCUUUUUCAAGUGUAAAACUUUCUAAGCCAACAACUGUCAAUGCAUUAAUCACAUUAAAGAUGCACAUUAAAUCAAUUGUUAUCGAUGGCUUUAAGUCGUAUGCACAGAGAACAGAAAUUAAUGGAUUUGAUCCACUUUUUAAUGCAAUAACUGGUUUAAAUGGAAGUGGAAAGUCAAAUAUACUUGAUUCUAUUUGCUUCCUUCUGGGAAUUUCAAAUUUGUCGCAGGUGAGAGCAGGAAGUCUUCAAGACUUGGUGUACAAGAGUGGCCAGGCAGGUGUGACUAAAGCUACAGUCAGCAUCACCUUUGACAAUCAAGAUAAGAAUCAAACACCUCUUGGCUAUGAACAGUACGAUGAAAUCACAGUCACUAGACAGGUUGUUAUUGGUGGCCGGAAUAAAUACCUGAUCAAUGGAAGCAAUGCCAACAACAUGAGAGUGCAGGAUCUUUUCCGAUCUGUGCAGCUGAAUGUAAACAACCCUCACUUUCUCAUCAUGCAAGGGCGUAUUACCAAAGUCUUGAACAUGAAACCACCUGAGAUUCUUUCAAUGAUAGAAGAAGCUGCUGGUACAAGGUUAUAUGAAACAAAAAAAGAGGCAGCACAAAGAACAAUAGAAAAGAAAGAUGCAAAACUUAGAGAAAUUGAUAAUGUUCUGAAUGAGGACAUUACUCCAACUCUUACUAAGCUUCGUGAAGAGAGAUCAUCUUAUCUUGAAUAUCAAAAAAUUAUUCGGGAACUUGAGCAUCUCAACAAACUCUAUAUAGCUUAUCAAUUUGUCAGUGCUGAAGAAAAGAAAAAGAAAUCUGCUUCUGAAUUAGUAGAGAUGCAGGAUUCUAUAACAAAGACUAAUGGCAGAAUGGAAGAGAUCAAGACCAGCAUAUCUGAAAUAGAUGUAGCGAUAGAAGAAUUAGAGAAGAAGAGAAACAAGGAAUCAGGCAAUGUAGUGGGAAAACUUGAGGCUGAGCUUGGGGAGAAGAAAUCUUUACAGGUCAAAGUUGAGGGAGCCAUUAAUGCAAAAAAAGAAGCUCUAAAAUCAGAACAGAAAAGACAGAAAGAAAUAUCUAAAAAUAUUGCAGACAACAAGGCAUCAAUAGCUAGUAGGGAAAAGGACUUGCAGAAAAUUGCUGCCAAUGUGGAGAAGAUGAGAACUGAGAAAAUUAAUGCUGAAAGUGAAUACGAGGCUGCCAAAAAGCAUUUUCAGGCAGUUAGUGCUGGGCUGUCUUCAAAUGAUGAUGGAGGUGCAGCUUCCCUUAAUGAUCAGCUGAUAACUGCCAGAAGUGACAUCAGUAAAGCUGUGGCUGACACCAGGCAAGCUCAGAUGAGGUUAAAGCAUGCUCAAGAAGAGAUUCAGACCAAAGAGAAAGAACUUAAGAAAACAGAUCUAGAUUAUAAAAAGAACCAAUCAACUUAUGAGGCUGUCAAAAAGAAUCUUACAAAGCUUGAGGAUGAUAUGAAAAAAUGUGGCUAUGAUGAAGGAUCUGAAGCAAAAAUGUCAGCAGAAAAAUCAACACUGGUAGGAGAGGUUGAUCAGCUGAAGGAUAAGAUAUCUAUCCUUGAGGCCAGGUAUCCUCACUUGAGAUUUGAUUACAAAGACCCUGAAAAAAAUUUUGAUCGGAGCAAAGUAUCUGGCCUGGUGUGUAAACUCUUUGAUGUCAAGGACAAUCUUUACUCUACAGCUUUGGAGGUUACAGCAGGAGCUAAGUUAUAUAAUGUUGUUGUGGACAAUGAGCUGACCGGUAAAAAGCUGCUCAAGUUUGGAGAACUCAAGAGACGCUGCACAAUUCUUCCAAUCAACAAAAUCACCAGCAGAUCUAUAGAUGACGCCACACUGAAAAGAGCUGAGGCUUUGGUUGGUAAGGAUAAGGUAAAGACAGCUUUGAGCCUUAUAUCUUAUGAUAAGAAGUACCAGUCUAUCAUGGAGUUUGCUUUUGGGUCUGUGUUUGUCUGCGCUGAUAUGGAUAGUGCCAGUAGAGUAGCAUAUGACCCUAAGAUCAUGAAAAAGUGUGUCACCAUUGAAGGAGAUACUGUAGAUCCUGCUGGUACACUUUCUGGAGGUGCUCGUGCGAAAUCAGCGUCAGUUUUAGCAAUGUUGAGUGAACUGCGUCAAGCUGAGGCAGAGUUUGCUGUCAAGUCCCAGAGGCUACACAAACUGGAGCAGGAACUAGUGGCCUUGAAGAAGGUUGCUGUCAAGUACACUGAAGCCAAACAGCAGUAUGACCUGAAGGUGCUGGAGGUGGAACAGCUGAGGACACGGCUGGAACAGAGCAGUCAUCACCAGCAGCUGGAGGAGGUCAACGCCCUGAAAGCUUCAGUUGAUGAGCAAAACAAAAUCCUGAAAGAAGCCGAAGAAAUUCAAAAGAAGGCUCACCAGAAGGUCAAGGACUUGGAGGAUAAAUUAAAGAACGCCUCGGCUGUCAGGGAGAAGGAGCUGAAAGAAGCAGACAAGCGGGUCACAGACUGCAAGAAAUUGAUGGAGAAGGCAGCGGCCAAGGCUAAGGAUGAUCUACAGGAAAAUGAGAACAUCAAACUUGAGAUUGAAAGUCUCCAGAAAGAAAUGCAGUCAUAUGAGGAGCAGAUGAAGCAAAUAGCUGACUCUAUUGUAGCCAUUGGUGAGCAUCUAAAGGAUAUAGAAACUGAGAGGGAAGCUGCUAUGGUUGAGGUUCAACAAGCUCAGGAUGCCCUCAAUAAACACAAGGAAACUCUCAAGUUGUACAACAAAGACAUUGCUCAAAAGGAAGCAGAGAAGAAGGACUUAAACAAAGAAAGUAAUGAAUGUGGGCUGAAGAUUCAGGAACUGGAGCACAAAAUCACAAAGUUUCAAAAAGAUUCUAAAGAUGCCAGCAAAUAUGUAGAGACACUGUUAGAAAAAUACGAUUGGAUUGUGGAUGAGAGAAAGUUUUUUGGCCAACCAAACACGGUCUAUGAUUUUGCUGCUCAAGAUCCAAAAGAGGCUGAAAAAAGGAUCCAGAAACUAACGGAAACCAAGAACAAGCUCUCUAAAAGUGUCAAUGUUAGAGCCAUGAACCUACUGGGGCAUGCUGAUGAGCAGUAUGCAGAUUUAAUGAAGAAAAGGAAAGUUGUGCUGAAUGACAAGGCAAAGAUAGCCUCCGUAAUAGAAGAGUUAGACAAGAAGAAGAAAGCUGCAUUAAUCAAGGCAUGGGAACAAGUCAAUAAGGACUUUGGUUCCAUCUUCUCAACACUCCUGCCUGGUACUCAAGCCAAGCUGUGUCCACCUGAAGGUCAAACUGUGCUUGAUGGGUUAGAGGUCAAGGUUGGAUUUGGGGCUGUGUGGAAAGAAUCUUUAGGUGAACUAAGUGGAGGUCAAAGAUCCCUGGUGGCCCUCUCUUUGAUUCUGGCCAUGCUGUUGUUUAAACCUGCGCCAAUCUACAUCCUGGAUGAAGUAGAUGCUGCCUUAGAUCUCUCCCACACACAGAACAUUGGACAGAUGAUCAAGUCACACUUCAAGCAUUCACAGUUCAUUGUGGUCUCACUCAAAGAUGGCAUGUUCAACAAUGCAAAUGUCCUUUUCCGCACCAAAUUUGUGGAUGGGGUUUCCAUGGUAACGAGGCAUGUCCAGCUACAGAAUCAUAAAUCUCUCAGCUCUACCUCAAGUAUUGACAAGGAGAAUGACAUUUCUAACCAACAAAGGAAAAGGUUGAAGAAAUAAAAAAAAAACUGCUGCUAACGUAACAAAUGUACUGCUGCCUUCUCCAACCAUUAUUUACAAAAAGUGUACAAGAAUGUAUUUAUUUCUUUUUUUAUACAUGCAUUGUUGAGAUUGGCUUUUAUGUGUAUAUAAUCUAUUUUACCAGGAUUGUUUUUUAACUAGAUCAUGUAAAUAUUGAAAAAAAAAACAAUGAUUUUUAACAAGAUUAACUGCUGCACUGAGGGUUGGACCAUGAAAUUAUAUGUGAUGUUAAUAGUGUUCUAUUUACACUAUGAAGUUUUUUCACCAGAUUUUUAUGCUUAAAAGUAGAAUUCAUCAAUAGAUUCUCAUCAGGAUGUUUUUUUUUAAAUACAACACAACUUGAAAAUUAAUUUUUAUCUUUGUUAAAUAUAUAUCCUCAUUUUUAAUGCUGUCCAUAGGUUUUAUUUUAUGUACAGUUUUGUUUGACAUUUCCAUUGUAAGUACCAUCAGUGUUCAUCCAUCAAAAGCCAUAUUUUCUAACUUUCUACCACUUUCUGUCACCUUGUACAUUCAAUGCUUGCUUCAACUUUUUGUUGUUUUUAACUGUAGUCACAAUAAAUAGCCAUGAUAUUUUGA